AUGAUUGCAAAUCCCACACAAAAAAUCCCUCGACUCAGUCAGACUACGGAAACCCUCACCUCCGCUGAGCGGUGGCAAGCCAUAACCAAGCGUGAUACCACAGUGAACAGCUUCGUCUACGGUGUCAUCACCACAAAAAUCUACUGCCGACCAUCUUGUGGUGCCCGUCUUGCUCGCCGAACCAAUGUCAAAUUCUACAACACUCCUUCCCAAGCCGAGAAUGCAGGUUUCCGGCCCUGUAAGCGCUGCCGGCCACAGUUGGACGGUACCGCAGUGCAGAGUAAUCCCCAAACAGCAAUGGUCAAGAAAGCAUGCAAGGAAAUCCGGGAAAAAACUGCUGCAGGACAAAAACCCCGAUUGAAUGAACUGGCGGCUCAGGCAGGGCUGACACCAAGCCACUUCCAUCGGGUGUUUAAAAAGUUACUCGGCGUUACGCCGGGUCAGUAUGCUAUUAGUGUGACUCGGAAUGGAAGCUGUGCUUCAGGCUCUUUAUCACCAGAGACUUUGUCUGAGUUUGAAACACCACCCCAACAACCAUCGCCAUUGAGGGUAAGGGGAUUGGGGACGAAGAGGGAUUGGGAUUUUGAUGUGGAUUUAGUGCGAGGCAGCGCGCUUCCUGAGGGAGCGGCUCCGCUGGAUUCCCCUGUCAUCAUGGACUAUUCAUGGAAUGAGUUUGAUCUUUUGUUGGCGGCUGAGGAACAAGGGCGGCUAGAGCCUUGGGAAGCUUGCUCUAUUGAUCCCCGGAUUCUUUGA